AUGGGUCAUGGGUACACAAGGCCUGAUAUUUCACAAGCAGUUAGUAUGGUGAGCAGGCAUAUGCAUGAUCCUGAUAUUGGUUUAGUUUUUGUGUGGGAUUAUAUUGAAAAUGAGAAAAUGAUUCUCCAGAAGAUUGGCACAGAAGAUAAUCCUGCAGACAUGUUAACUUCAGUAGUGACAAGGGUACCCAGACUUAUGGACAAAGAAGGGUUGCCAUUAAACAAGGGGAAAGUUUUCAUAUCUAAAACUAGCCCAGCCGCUCUUAAAGAAGAAUAUCUUGCUCAAUUUGAAGAAGACUUCAGCUUGUUUCUCAAGUCACGCUCUCAUGAGAUGAUACGAGAGGGUCGUGUUAUCUUGAUAAUCAACGGAAGACUAUCAGAAGAUCCUACAAAUGGAGAGCCCUGGGAACCUUUAGCUGAGGCCAUAGCUGACAUGGUUUCUCUGGGAGUGAUUCCUGAAGAGAAGUUAGACUCUUUUAAUGUACCAUAUUACAUUCCAUCGGAAAAAGAAGUGAAGAAUAUAGUGGACAGGGAGGGAUCCUUUGAACUUGAGGUCCUGGAGACAUUUCCAAUUGAGAUGGGAGACAAAAGCGUAUGGAGCAGCGAUGAAAAAUUUAUUAAAAACCUGAGAUCUUUCACAGAGUCCAUGGUUUCACACCACUUUGGUGAGGAAAUACUUGACAAAUUGUAUGAUAAAUUUGCCCAAAUAGUACUUCAGGAUUUGGCUACACGUACAGAACCUAGCGAAGUCAUAAGCUUUGUUGUUGUUUUGAGGAGAUUGUAA